AUGAAGAAACGUGAGGUUAACCGACGCGAAUCAAUCUCCACUGCCAUUGUCAACAAAGCAAUUGAGAUGUUGAUGGAUCGUGACAAACUAAAGGUCAAGCGCAUCGAACGGUACCCUGGUGCACUUGGAAUGGACGAAGAGGGUGGCAAAGACCAAAAGGAGCACAGCAAACGUCCUCCUCAAAAGUAUGAAAAGUGCCAAAAAGUUUGGAAUGACAACUAUGAAGACUAUGAUCCCACCGACGAACCGCUAUACUUCGGAGAUCUUUUUGCGGAGAGGAAUGCCGAUGCUGUGGCAAUCAGUUAUGCAAUGAACAAAAUAACAAGAACUUACCAAAGGGUGGGCCUUCCGGCAGAUCUAAUUAGUGCCAAAGGAAGGGCGCUGCGGAAAGCUGCAGGAUUGAAUGAAUUCCGCGCCACCAAGGUUCAGAGACCUGUCUAUAGCAUAAUCGGACUGCUGAAUGCUCAUGCUUGCAAGAUUCUUGAAGAGGAGAGAAAGGUGGCUCGGAAGACUCGAAGUGACAAGGAGUACCAGCUUUUGAGAGACCCUGAAAAUAAGCAGAGGCUUGCUGCUUUGACACAGCAAGAACAAGAACAUAAAGAACAACGUAACAAGACGGCACCUAAGGCCAAGCGAGCUCGCAAGAGGGGAAGUUCGCACGCUCGAAAGGCCAAGCAAGCUGCCAGGGAAAAGUUACUAAACAAGUUGCUCCCAAAGCGAAAGGACUCUGGCCGAGUACAUGCUGUUGGACCGUGUGUGGCUGGCUUUGAAAAUGCCAUCUCGGGGGAUCUGAAGGACAAACUGGUUGAGUUUCAGAACAAACAACCUUGGAUUGUUGACACUACAAGUACCAACGAAGGAAGGAGUUUGCGGUGCCCCUUCCGUCCUGAUUUGCCGGUGGAGCAAAACGAAGAGAGCCUUGAAGAGUCCAUUAAAGUCCAAACUCCUGUUGUUCCCCUUGGGCAGAAUCGUGCUGUCCUGGCUACGCCCGCAGAGGAUUUGGAUGAAAAGAUCUUUGAUUUUGCCAAUGAGCUGCUGAAUAACUAUAUCAAUGGCAUUAACUUUGUACUCGCACAGAUGAGGGAAAAGAAAGUCAAACCUGAGAAGGUGCCGAAGCCGACCAUUGGUCUUCCUUUUGAUCAGUUUCUAAGGCACAUGGAAGGCGUUAAAACACAGAAUAAACCAGUCGAAGAAUCGAAUGGUGGAAUAUACGAGUUCACACCUGUUGCAGGUGAGGUUGCUGAUUCUGAAACAUCUGAUUCGGCAGCUGAAUCUGAAUCAUACGAGUUCACACCUCUUGAAGGUGAGGAUGGGAAGGAGUCGGUUGCUGAUUCUGAUACAUUGGAUUUUGCAGCUGAGUCUGAAACAUCGGAUUCGGCAGAAGAGGGAUCAGUAGCCGGCACAGGAUAUCAUUGCAACAACAUCAUGUUGGGAAAAAGAAAGCUGCCUACGGAAUCAUCUACGGUGGCAAAGCGCCAAAAAGGAGGAUCAGCACAUUGUGAAACUGAAGAUGAUGGAAGCAUGGGCUCAUGCGAUGUAGCAAGCUUCAAUACAGAUCAAUCCUUGAAGACACAGGGGGGGUCGCCCGCGGGUGUUCCUGUGUUUGUGACUCCCGAAAACAAAAGGCUUAGUCAACUCAACGAGGACACGGAGGACUGUUUUGCUGCAGAGAGCCAGUGGGAUUCCUACUUCAUGUCCAACCAAGAUUUGAAUCUUCAGAUCAAUACAGCUUCUCAAUACUUCACCAGCUACGCGGCUCAUCAAGACUGCAAUGAUCGACGAGGGCACCAGCUGAGAUCCCCACACAACAAGCCAAUCUUUAGCAAUGCGGAGAGACCGACAGCUUUCCCCACCAAUGAUCGCUUGAUGGUUUUGACUUGGGUUUUGGCAGAUGAUGAAAUGCCGGCAAGAACGGCUUUGGAUUUUACCCAGAAAGACAAUGGCCACAGCUGGAUGGGAGGGGUAAUUACAGGGUCCAACUUCCUUCAUCUUCAGAUUCGAUGUAAUUACAACAAUACUGAACAUGGCACAAGAGUUUUGGUUUUCGAAUGUGUGCCUAGUUUCAACGGUGCCCGCUGUGUCAUCACAUUCCGUGCUACGAUGGACCCCAACAGAGAGCCCGAGGCAUACUUGCUCGCAGCAUAUCAUGAUGGUGUCUUGCCAUCUUUCAUCCAAGAGAACUCAUCAUUUGUUCUCCUGAAGGAUUUUACUGUUACCAAUGUUGUCACUGAUCGGAGAAAGCUUGAUGUGCCCAUACGAGUGGAACCUUGCUUUGAUAAAUGGAAUUAUUCGCUUCAUUACAAGCCUCCUGAAGAGGAGGAUAUACUACCUCCACAACCUCCACAGCAGAGCAGACGACGGGUUAUUGUAACCCCAAAGAAGAAGUUUUUGACACUGAGUGCUGCUCAGCGUGCUUACUUCCAUUUGGAGAGAUUCCCAAUUCGAGAUGUCAGCUGUGUCAAACCCCGCAGAACAACUGGUUUGAAUCAAAAGGAUGGACACCCUGUUUAUAAUAGGGUAGUGGUCGAACAUGGAUUGAGAGAAGGGAAGCUCUUCUCAGUGACCGACGAAAAGCAACUUCCGUGCACUGCACCUCUGUUCACACAGAAUGGUGUUCCGAUGGCCGGGGCAGCACCAAUGGAGCUAUCUGAUGUAGCUGUUAUGCAGACAGUGAUGAAUCAUACACCGACUACUAUGGAACAUCGCCACAUGCUGAUUCUCUCACGGUACUACAAACAGGUGGCAGAUUUAAUGAAGCACAUCCUAAUUCAAAGAGCAAUCACAGAGAUUUGUCUAAGGGAGCAUAAUCCAAGGCUUUCUCUUGCUGAAAAUGUGGAGAAACUUCAUGGAAUGCCAAAAAUGAAAUCGCUUUAUGCUUACCUACACCAAUGCCCUCUUGUUGUGUUCGGUUCAGGUGGAUCUGCAACAUUUGAUGGUGCAAACGUAACGGAACUUAUUCACAAGAGGACUGACGAUUCUCACAUCACUGUGGGGUCUGGCCAGAAGUUAGAGGAACCAACCAACACGGCUUUGACGAAAAACUUCUAUGAUCAGAGUCUUAUUGGAGUUGUGGUGAACAAUAAUACUAUGUUUGGAAAGGGAGAUAGCAGCAAGACAGAGGGCCAAGAAGCGGGAGACAGCGAUAAGAAGAAGAGUAAAUGGGAUCCAACGACCAAGAACUGCCAUGCAAAGAAUACCCAAGGCCAGGGAAAACCUAAAUGGGAGAAACGAAUGGAAAAGAUGGAACUUGAAUGUUUGGCUCUUUCUACAGAUCUCGAAGCUCAUCUCGAUGAAUCUGAAUGGGUUGAUGAUGACCUCAAGGAGCUGUUGAGGGGGAGCUGUACCGGCAAGGAUGUGCAACGAACACCACUGCAAUUCUUGGGCUACUAUCGUGUGCUGAAAUUCGAAGGAGCUACAGAUGGGUUUGGUGACGUCUUUUGCAACAAAGAUGAUACGCAAUACUACGCUUCAGAAAAGCAAAACUUCUCCUUUCGUUCGCUUGGAAGAUUGGCUCAUCACCUUGUCUAUGGGUUGCACUCAGAAACAGAUAUUCUGGUUAGACUAAAGUAUCUGUUCAAAAGGAACGAGCCAAACCUUUAUGCGACAGUCAAGGCGUCCUUAGCAGAUCGAAGAAAAGUCAAAGCAUCGAUCCUUGAAUGUCAAGAGCUGAUGCUGAAGCAGUUGAAGAACAAGAAUGCUGACUAUCUCAGCUCUUGGCCCCUGCCCCAGUUACCAAAUCCUGACAAAGAUCGAGAAGCAGUGAGAAUGAUAGUGGCAGCAGAAGUAGGGAAUUCAAACCUCAAGCUAUCCUCAAUCAAGGCCAAACAGUUUCCUGAAUCGUUCAUAAAGAGAGAAGCUAUACUCGCCACACUGAUUAGAAAUGAUCCAUCAAAUUUCAUUGACAGCUACAUUGAAUGGAACAAAGAAGCCAAAAAGAAGAGCGAAAGCUGCAGCUACAGGAUGUCAACAUCUCAGGCAAUCAAUUCCCUCUACUUUGUUUCAUGGGGAGGAGCCUGUCGAGCAUCAGAACCAUCUGUCUGCCUAUCACCAGUUGACCAAACUAGAGAACUCUGUGGACAAGCUCCUAUAUCCGGGAACACCUACAAGGGAAUGCACAAAAAUGACAUUGUCUAUUCUACCCCCAUCCACAAUGUUAGCAAAGGUGUUUUGCAACAUCACAACGAAAUUGAGAGAACGGCAAGGAAUUUGAUUGCUGAAGCCAAUAAGAAUGUGCAAAAUGUGCAUGACGGCAUCCAACGAAGAGCCCCAGGUCUCCAGCCUAAUGGACUUUUCACACUGGAAAGGCCAGGUAGUGGUGAUUUUGAUAUUGAUGUGGCGGCAACCACAGACGAAGAGGGAUCCAAGGCAAAGGAAGCAGACAAGCUUGGCAGGGGCUACGCCUGUCCCCAGGCGACGGAGAAUAACAUUAGCUUCUUCGGGCACAUGUUGUUCAAGAUUCUGAUCUUCCGCUGUACUGGGAACAGCAACUUGCUUGAGUUGUUUCCAGAAUGGAAAGCACAAGUCAGAGACCCAGAGAAAAGGUACUCAACACCGGAGAAUGAAAUUCUUCCUAGACCUGAGAAGACCUCAAUUCAGGAGUGGAAUCAAUUUCUAGUUGAUUCAUGUGGAGGCAAGCUUGAUGCUCCCCUAGGUGGUUUCAUCUCAAGGCAGCACGAUGGCAUGAUUCCGGAACGUUUGAAGAAGAAUGUGCGCGAGAUGGCAAAGUUUGCCCUAGACUCAUUCCCAGAGUACUUGGUUGGGAUGGACUCUCCCCUUCAUCGCGAUGGUGUUGUCGUCCAAGAAUUGAGGAAAACUCUCUCGUGCAACUGGGAAGACAGAAAACGAGAAUACUUGCUCCAUUCCAUAGUGAAAGCCAUAUCCUUUGCAGGAAAUUAUCAAGAGCAGCGUGCACUCUACGCACUAGCGCACCAAAUUGCAGUUGACGGGGAGACGUACUUUCUCGAUUUUGCUGGGGCUACUACAGUUCAGAGUAUCUUUCCCGGUUUUGGUGGGAGAGAAGGUCAUCGGCUUUACAAUCUUGCUGCUGAGUGUGAUGAUGAAGUGAAGAAAAAGCACUACGAGAAACUGGAUAAGAAGCGUUUAGAUCUGGAAGUUGAGCCUCGUCGACUAAUUGCUGUUGCGGAUUAUGUGAUCGAGCGUUGGAAACAUUCAAGGCAAGAGCGUGAGGCUUUCAAUGUGGUUUUGGAUGUAAAUGGAGACUUGAGAAACAAGCUUUCAGGAAGGCUGCUUUCAUAUACAGAUAUUGAGCAUCUUCCUUGCUGCAAGCUUGCUAUUAGCUCUAGGCAGUGCGACCCAUCAAGAACGCUCUCAAGAACAGUGAGAUGCCAUGCUUGCUAUUGCUGGCCGAGGCAAAACCCUAAAGAAUGGGAUAAGGAGCUUCGUCCAACCUUCCAGAAUGUUAGGGAUGCCUGCGAGAGGCUUGACCUUGCUUCUCUGGAUGUUGCUCCCCAUUUCACACCUGAUGAAAGUUACUUUGUGACAAGAGAGGAACUUCGAGCGCUAAUACAGGAAGAAGAAUGCAAUGCUGGUGAUAAAGAAGAAGAGAAUGAUGAUUGUGAUGAAGAUCUCUAUCUGGAUGAACUGCAAGCUCUGCACCAGAACUAUACUAUAGAUGGAUUGGAUGUUGGCUGA